CGCGCCUCCGCUGUAGGCGGGAACCACCGUGCUUUCGAUCGUCAGCGGAAGGAACCAAUAGCAGCCCGGGGCUCGGGUGUGCGGGCGGCGAAUUAGCAAGAGGGAAAAGGCGGCUGGCUCGGCGGUGUCGGGUCGCCUCACCGUCAGAGCUGCACGGCCGGGGAACGCAGGAACGUCUCGGCUUGUUUCUGGUAUACCAGCCCCCCCAUCAUUUGGCGCCAUGACGUCAGCGUCCACCAAGGUCGGGGAGAUCUUCUCUGCGGCUGGAGCUGCCUUCACCAAACUAGGAGAACUGACUAUGCAACUCCACCCUGUGACCGAUUCCUCACCCGCGGGGGCCCGCUGGACAGACAAUGAGAUUCAGAUGUUGCAUGCGGCUGUCAGACGCUUCGGGGAAGACUUAAAUCAGAUCAGCUCAGUAAUCAAGGACAGGACAGUGGCACAGAUUAAGUACGCAGUGAAAAGGAAGAUCUACGAUGACAGCGGGGUCCCCCUGCCUUCAGAUUCCCCCCGUAAGGUAGCGAAGAAGGCCGGGCCCGUUUCCUCUUCCUCAGCCGCCAUGGUGUCGGCGCCACAGGUUGUGGGAGGGACAACGAUACCUGACGGGUCACAGGGUGCCAUGCGGAAACGCAAGUCCUCUGCAGAUGUAACGCUCAGCGCCCUGAAUGACUCCGACGCCAACAGCGAUCUGGUAGAUAUAGAAGGUUUGGGCGAAAGGAGCACUGUGAAAAAAAUCAACUUCGACCAGGAUAGUCUAAACUUGGAUUCCAAUUUUAUUAUGAACUCUAGUGAUCUCCCCCUUUUAUCUCGCUGAUGGUAUGUUCCACACCUGCUUGUAAAUAUUAUUUCCCGUGUCGCCACCCCCUCUGUGGGAUAUCCCUUCAUUUCCUCUUCUGAAGAUAGCCGCGCCAAACCACUUCUAGCCACGACGAAACAGCGGCAACCCGAUGACCUGUGACCUUUGCUAUGGAUGCGAACAAAUGUGAUGGCAGUUUUCAUGUUUUUUUAAUAAAAAGAAAAAAAAUCUCAACUGAAA